UAACCACAUGUUGCUGUGCUGAUUGACUGCGUAAACGUUCCUCCAGCUGCUUCUCUAUCUGUCCGUCUCUCUCUCUCUCUCUACCCCCCUCACGUCCUCCGUUCUGCUCAGUUGUUGUGUCCUUCUCCAAGAGGCAGAGAGCUUUUCGGAGUUGCAGGCUGAUGUUAUUCUGAACCUCACUAAUUCAGACGCCGAGAGAGAAUUGCGAGUGCUGCAGAUGUGAGACUUUUUAGGCAAGCAUCCCCUCUCACUCCCUUCUCUUCAUGUGAGAAACUGCACUGGACCGAACCAUCAUCAUGCCUGGCCUGAUCAACAAGAGCAAAUGGAGCGCUGUGCCUCUCAGCGUCUCAGACAUCACUUCCUGUGUCAGGGGUUACACCCUGGCAAUGACAGCCUCCUUGACCUAUGAAAACAUAGAAGAUCACCCUAUCGAGGGAAUCUUUAUAUACCCUCUGGAUGAGUGCAGCGUGGUGGUCGGGUUCGAAGUGAUGAUUGGCAGCCAGAUAAUAACCGUGCAGGUCAAAGAUAAAAUGAAAAUCGAUGACUGUUACUUGGAUUUUUGCAAUGCCAAUGGAAGCCCACAGAACGGAGGUGGACAUAUCGUUUUGGAUGAGGAUCAGGAGAGGACAGUGCUGGUGGUCAGUCUGGGGGUCAUUCCCCCUCUGGAGACCAUUAAUAUACUGGUCAGCACCUCCUCAGAGCUCAGCACUCUCCCUAAUGGGGGAAUUCGGGUGAGCUCACCACCCGUCUGCUCUCCAAGAGUCCAGCGUUCUGUCAAAGAGGAGCAGGCGUUUUCACCCAGCACUGCUAGGAGGAGGGACCAGCAUCACUGUGCAGUGGGAAACCACGAGCAGACGGCCUCAGGAGUGUGUUUGGCUGCUCUGCUGGAGGAAGAGACCAUCAACUCCAUUGACUAUGAGUUUAAUUUCCAGCUUGAGAUCAGAGGGCCGUAUUUACUGGCAGGUGUGGAAAGCCCCUCACACGCCAUCCGGGCAGAUGCUGACCCCUCGGCUCGCUCUGCCACCAGCAUUGUGGUCACACUGGCAGACAAGUACACCUACGACUGCCCUGUGGAGAUACUGAUCUACCCCAGUGAGCCCCAUCUGCCACACGUUCUCAUCGAAGAUGGAGACAUGACGCCGGAGGAAUACGAUGAGCAUCUGAAAGGACGGAGCGACUACAUAAAGGCCACCAAGAAGGACUGCAGUAAUGAAACGACCGUGGACAUCAUUCGAAAGAGGCUCCAUAAAGACAUCCUCCACAACCCCGUGGUCAUGCUGAACUUCUGCCCAGACCUCCGUUCGACGACCUCUGACCUGCGGAGCAUUCAGGGGGAAUUCAUCUUCCUCAUUGACCGCAGUGGAAGCAUGAGUGGGGUCAACAUCCGUCGAGUUAAGGACGCAAUGGUUGUGAUUCUGAAAAGUCUUUUCCCAGCAUGCUUAUUCAACAUAGUGGGCUUCGGAUCCAAGUUCAAGACGCUGUUUUCCACCAGCCAGAGCUAUGAUGAGGAGAGCUUGGCGUUGGCUUGUGAGCAUGUGAAGAAGAUCCGGGCUGACAUGGGCGGCACAAACAUACUGGCUCCUCUCAACUGGAUCCUGCGGCAGCCCAUGCAGAGAGGUCAUCCUCGCCUGCUCUUCCUCCUGACCGAUGGAGCCGUCAGUAACACGGGGAAAGUUAUUGAGCUGCUCCGCAGCCACGCCAGGUUCACCAGGUGUUACACAUUCGGGAUAGGCCAGGGUGCGUGCAGAAGGCUGGUUUUAGGACUGGCCGCUGUUUCCAGAGGCACAGCUGAGUUCCUGGCAGAAGGAGAACGACUGCAGCCCAAGAUGAUUAAGUCGCUGAAGAAGUCCAUGACAUCAGUACUGACUGACAUCUCCAUCGAGUGGCUGUAUCCUGAGACAAAGGAGAUCCUGCUCUCUCCAGUGGGGAUGACCUGUCUGUUCCCUGGGGACCGGCUGAUUGGAUACAGCGUGGUCUGUGACACCUCCAGAUAUCACUCCAACCCAAAUCAGUAAGACAAACGGAGGCGGUACAGUAUGAUGCGUUCCAACGAGUCGGCCAGUUCAGUGUUCUAUCACUCUCAAGAGGAGGAUGCUGGGAAGGUGUCCUCUGACGGUCAAGUCGGUCAAGUCGGCUCGCUGUUUGACAGUUGCCAGGAGACCAUGUCUGAGAGCAGUCCUGUCGUCACAGAGCAAGACAUUAUGGGAACUGACAUAGCCACCUCUCCACGAAGACGUGCUUACAGCACCAAUCAGAUUGUAGAUUACAACCCCAUGAAGAAGGCCUACACCCCAGUGACCCCAGCUCAGUGGUGGGCAAAACCCCUUAGAAGAGCAAAAGUUCAGGAACUCAUAGGACAGACACAUCCUGACCACGGAAAUCAGUGGAAAAUGGACUACCAGCUCCGCUCCUGCAGGAAGCAACCUCCCAACCUCCCAAGACCUACCCUAGCAAGAAGACAGCAGUUAUGCUACCAGUACAAUGGUCCUUUUGGGAUUUUUGGUCAAGAUCUCCUUGAUGCUGUCAAGGGGUUGGGUUUUUACGGAGGAUACCUUCAUCCGCUGCUUCCUGUCUGGUCUGGGUGA